ACCAUCUAGAGGGGAGGCAGAGGAGAAAAACAUUCCGCCACGUUUCACUGGAGACGUUGUACAUGUCAUUUUCAGCUCUCCCGGGUUAAGCAGACCUGCCUGGCUGGGGAGGGCAGCUCGCGGCCUCAGGCCGGCUGGAGGGGGGCCGACCACCUGAGGACCUGCGCCGUGCGCCGUCUUCACCGAGUUAGGGUCUUGGGACAGGGCGGCUCGACGCCGCGGAUGCACGCUGGCGGUCUCGGAAAACCGUCCAGGGGCGCAGGGGACCCCGGGUGCGCACCCUUCCCAGCGCACUGGCUCACAGGCCCGUGUCUUGGGCGGCAGUGCUACCGACCUGUAGGUGGCAAUCCACGAUGCCAUCGGGUUCAGGACGCGCGGCAGUUUUGGGAACCACUAGGAAGGAGAAAACGCUGCCCACUAAACGAGGACACACCAUCCUCUGGGACGCGCAUCGGGCCUCGGAGCCGUUCCGACGCAGGGAAGACGCAUCUCGAAAUCGGGCUGAAAUACGGCGAUGCUUCGUCACCCCUCUCAACGCGGCCGUCGGGCGGCGGGACGCCUGCAGCCCCGGGGCCUGGCCGUCCUCUGCCUGCCUCCGGGCGGAGCGCGGCGACGCCGCCUGUUUGCCCGUGAAGGAGGCAGAAACGGAGCAGCGGCCAGGUCGGGCAGGGGGGCGAAGCGAUGGGCUGGCGGGAGACACGGAGGCCGGGCCGCUGGAGAGCGAGGCCCGGACCACGACGCGCGCCCCCGACGGACGCGCCCCCAGCACCGCCCCGCCCGCUCAUGGCCCCGCCCCUGGGCCCGCCCCUUCCGCCCGGCCCUCUCGGGUCGUUAACUGCCCGUUCCCGCACCGGAAGCGCGUUCCUCUCUCCUUCCACGUCGCUGGCAAAAGGGCCUUUUAUCGCGAGAGUUCCGUCUCUCUCCCGGCGCCUUCGCUCCUGCCCAGAUCGCGCGAGACCGCGGAGGGAGCAGGAGUGUGUGGCGCGCUCAGCGGCCGCGACAGGCGCAAGAUGGCGACGGCGACCAUAGCUCUCCAGGUCAAUGGCCAGCAAGGAGGGGGGUCCGAGCCGGCGGCGGCGGCGGCAGUGGUGGCAGCGGGAGACAAAUGGAAACCUCCACAGGGAACAGACUCCAUCAAGAUGGAGAAUGGGCAGAGCACAGCCGCAAAGCUGGGGCUGCCUCCCCUGACGCCUGAGCAGCAAGAGGCCCUCCAGAAGGCCAAGAAGUACGCCAUGGAGCAGAGCAUCAAGAGCGUGCUGGUGAAGCAGACCAUCGCACACCAGCAGCAGCAGCUCACCAACCUGCAGAUGGCAGCAGUGACAAUGGGCUUUGGAGAUCCUCUCUCACCUUUGCAAUCGAUGGCAGCUCAGCGGCAGAGGGCGCUGGCCAUAAUGUGCCGAGUCUACGUAGGCUCCAUCUAUUAUGAGCUGGGGGAGGACACCAUUCGCCAGGCCUUUGCCCCCUUUGGACCCAUCAAGAGCAUUGACAUGUCCUGGGACUCUGUCACCAUGAAGCACAAGGGCUUUGCCUUUGUGGAGUACGAGGUCCCAGAAGCUGCACAGCUGGCCUUGGAGCAGAUGAACUCGGUGAUGCUAGGAGGCAGGAACAUCAAGGUGGGCAGACCCAGCAACAUAGGGCAGGCCCAGCCCAUCAUAGACCAGCUGGCUGAGGAAGCACGAGCCUUCAACCGCAUCUAUGUGGCUUCCGUGCACCAGGACCUCUCGGAUGAUGACAUCAAGAGCGUGUUUGAGGCCUUUGGCAAGAUCAAAUCUUGCACGCUGGCCCGGGACCCCACGACUGGCAAACACAAGGGCUAUGGCUUCAUUGAAUAUGAGAAGGCCCAGUCGUCCCAGGAUGCCGUGUCUUCCAUGAACCUCUUUGACCUGGGUGGCCAGUACUUGCGGGUGGGCAAGGCUGUCACACCCCCCAUGCCCCUGCUUACGCCUGCCACACCUGGAGGCCUCCCACCUGCUGCUGCUGUGGCUGCAGCUGCAGCUACAGCCAAGAUUACAGCUCAGGAAGCAGUGGCUGGAGCAGCGGUACUGGGUACCCUGGCCACGCCUGGAUUGGUGUCUCCUGCACUGACUCUAGCCCAGCCCCUGGGGGCUUUACCCCAGGCUGUCAUGGCUGCCCAGGCCCCAGGAGUCAUCACAGGUGUGACCCCAGCCCGGCCUCCUAUUCCGGUCACCAUCCCCUCUGUGGGAGUGGUGAACCCCAUCCUUGCCAGCCCUCCUACACUGGGUCUUCUGGAGCCUAAGAAGGAGAAGGAGGAGGAGGAGCUGUUUCCCGAGUCGGAGCGGCCAGAGAUGCUGAGUGAGCAGGAGCACAUGAGCAUCUCGGGCAGCAGCGCCCGCCACAUGGUGAUGCAGAAGCUGCUCCGGAAGCAGGAGUCCACAGUGAUGGUUCUGCGCAACAUGGUGGACCCCAAGGACAUCGACGACGACCUGGAAGGAGAGGUGACUGAGGAGUGUGGCAAGUUUGGUGCUGUCAACCGUGUCAUCAUCUACCAGGAGAAGCAGGGCGAGGAGGAGGAUGCAGAGAUCAUCGUCAAGAUUUUUGUGGAGUUUUCCAUAGCCUCCGAGACUCACAAGGCCAUCCAGGCCCUCAACGGGCGCUGGUUUGCUGGUCGAAAGGUGGUGGCUGAAGUAUAUGACCAGGAGCGUUUUGAUAACAGUGACCUCUCCGCGUGACCUUUGCCCAAUUCCCCGGACUUGCACUUGCUCCUUGUUUGCUCCGCGUUUUAUAGUGAUUGGUGGUGUCGUGGGCCCAGCCGCCCCGCGUGCGGAUAAAGGCGCAGAUGCUGCUGGCCCUGACCGUCCCUA